AUGAGUUUUAAGUACGACCGGGAAGACAUCAGGGAAGCUGCGCUGAAGAGACAGCAGAAGAGACUGGGUCACCACGGACACGGAGGGUUCGUACACAGGGACUCCUCCGACCUGCUGCCCAUAGACGAUCUCAAGAAAAUGGGAACUGUCUCAAAAGAAACGUUUAGGAUAGACGAUCUCAAGAAAAUGGGAACGGUCUCCAAGGAAACGCAGCCGAAAGCGAUCGUCCAACAGAAGGCGCUGAAGGAGACGUUUAAACGGUCCGACAGCAAAGAGCAGCCCGGACAGAGGAACAGGUCUAUGUCACAGGACGCUACCGGCACAGACGCCCUGACGGUGCCGUCCCGGCCCCGGACCGGCCGCCGGCAUCACUCCUGCAGCGACUACGACAACAGCGACUCCAGACUGGGCGGGGACAACACGCUGCUCUUCAUCAAGUGUAAGUGCAAUGACCACGAGGUAAAGGCAGUGGUGGACACCGGCAAUAUCUUCUCUGUCAUGUCGGAGGAGACGGCAACCACAUGUGGGUGA